GAAAAGGCGGACGAUGGGUUUCUGCCACCUUCUACCUUUCCGUUCCGACUGACGCUAUCAGUAGGUAUUGGUUGUGCCGAGAAGUGGCAUUGUUCACUACUACUUACUGCCGCUAUUCCACUGCUCACUUACUUUUUACCUCAUCCCCAUCUUACAUCCUCUUAUUCUCCGACAAACUAAUUGAAUAUAUAUCACCAUCCUUCGCUUCUCUGGACGGUGGUUCUGUGAAGACCUUUGAUUUAAGCCCCUCCCUCCCCUCGGUCCACUCGCCGAAACUACGUUCUAAUGGCUGAUGACACCGCUACGGCGGAGGACUCUCCCGUCACCUUCAAUAUCAAGUCCUCGAAUGAUGCAAAAUUCACCAUCACUCUUCCAUUGUCUGCGCUAGUGUCAGAGUUGAAAGAAAAGCUUGCGACGUCGGAAUAUGCGGAUACUCCAGCGGAGCGUCAGCGCUUAAUCUACUCGGGAAGAGUGUUGAAAGAUAAUGAAACCCUGGCUACAUACAAGAUCAAAGAUGGACACACCAUCCACCUGGUAAAGAGUGCUGUUAGCAAUCAGCGUCAGGCCGGCACCUCUCAGACUGCCUCGGCCUCCACGCCGUCAGGCACCUCUGCUACUCCAGCCACUGGCGUCCCCACAAAUCUUGCGGCCGGCACAGGCAACAACCCACUAGCCGGUUUGACCGGCGCACGAUAUGCUGGUUUUGCGCAACUUCCAGGAGCCGGAAUGUUUGGCCCAGAUGGUGGCAUGGGACCCCCUCCUGAUGCCGACUCUAUGCUCCAUAUGCUCGAAAACCCACAAUUCCAGUCUACUAUCAAUGAAGCUUUACAAAACCCAGCGAUGAUUGAUAUGAUGAUUCAACAAAACCCCAUGUUGCGCGAAAUGGGUCCCGGCGUGCGGCAAAUGAUGCAGAGCCCUGAAUUCCGCCGUAUGCUCACCGAUCCCAAUUCGCUUCGCCAGGCGAUGCAACUUCAGAGAGCCAUGGGUGGCGGCGGUGGGCUUGGUGGCGGUAGCGCAUUUCCUGCUCCUGGGGUCACAAACACAACACCAGAGGAAAGCCAAACCGGCCAAAAUAACAACGGCGCUACUCCUGCCUCUGGCGCACCCGCGUUCAACCCAUUUAUGCCUCCGGGCCUUGGAGCUGGUAACCCUUUUGCUGCCCUUUUCGGAGGUAAUCCAGCAAUGGGUGGCGCAAACCCGCCCAGUGCAUCAACUGCGACGGGUACCGGUCAGACUGAGACUGCACAGAGGGCCGCUGGAGAUGCUGCUGGGGGAGAUGCUACCACCGGAGAGGGUCAAAAUCAACAAAACGCUCAGAAUCCUUUCGGGCUCCUUUUCAACCCCGCCAUGCUCGGGGCACAAGGCGGUCAGGUUAACCCUUUCAAUCCCCAACAAAAUCCCUUCCUUCGCGAUCCCGCUCUACUAUCGCAGAUGAUGCAGGCAAUGGGUGCACCACCAGGAGAGGCUGGCGCAGGUGGACUUGGCGCCAAUCCCUUGGCGGCGCUUCUCGGAGGCGGCGGAUUUGGGACACCCCCUCCACAGGACAACCGGCCACCUGAAGAACGGUAUGCGGAACAGCUUCGCCAGCUCAAUGAUAUGGGCUUCUAUGAGUUUGAGAGGAAUAUCGAAGCGCUGCGACGAGCAGGUGGUAGUGUACAAGGCGCAGUGGAAUAUCUGUUGAGCCAUCCUUCUUGAGUUCUCCUACCGAUCUGUAAUGGCGUGUUGGCCAAAUGGCCUUCUUUCGUGGAGCGAUUGUUUUCAUUGACGGCUUCUAAUUUAUGACUACCCUGGCUGCAUACUCUUUCGGAUAUGAUAUAGGGGAUGCUUGGAAGGCUUUCGUGUAGGGAAUGUCUCAUGACUUAGCAGAAAGGGCGUUAGUAUAGCAGAACUUCAUGUUUUUUGAUGUUAUGAUAGUAUAUUAACAGGGGUGUCUCGUAUACUGGCAUCUCUUUGUCGGGCGUCUUCCCGGUCACGGUUUAGGGUGACUUUCGGCGAUAAAUAGCUAUGAAGAAUGUAACUUGUUCCACGAAGGGCCCUGUCCUGUAGGUGAAUCCCGGUGGUAUGAGGGACAGUCGUCAUGAUGUGGAGUCAACACGACCUGAAUUGUCGCAUUCAGAUGGGCGGCGGUGAGAUUAUCGUUUUGGGAAUGGACGCUAAACCUAUUGUGGGCAGAAUCGGCCGGACUGUUCGAUGCCACUGGAUUGAUGGGUCCCCGUUCUGAAUCUCCCCUGCAAUCGACGACUACUUUAACUACUACUAAUUGCUGCUAUCCUGUCCACAUCCACCCCUGACACCUCCCCCUCCCUCGUCCUUAAAUUAUUAUCUAUCUGCUUCUAUUCGAUAGGCAUUUUAUGCCGAUUACACUCGUUACAUCAACUCGAACUGCUAUAUUUCGGACUUU